AUGCUGGUGGCCCUACUAACGAACCUAACAGCACUGAUCACAAUCCUGCGGGUUCGAAGCCUCAGACAGACUCCCCAUAACCUACUCAUCUUAAACCUGAUUGUAGCUGAUCUUGGAAGGGUUUUUCUGGUCAUGCCCUUUUCUCUCAAAUCAGUCUUUGAUCAUGGCGAAGGUUUGGAGGAUACCUGCUGUAAGAUUUUUGGUUUCUUUGCCCUCUCCUUUGGCUACACCCACUUCUUGACGAUUGCAUUCAUCGCCGUAGAUCGGGUUAUUGUCGUCACGUCUUGCAACAAGUGUGGAAUUUCCGAUUGGGCAAGAGUUCGUGUCAUGCUGACAUUGACCUGGCUUAUAGCUUCAACGAUUUCUCUGCCUCCUGUCUUUGGAGCAUUAAAUUCCGAAUUUGGGUACACAGAUGCUUUGAAGAUGUGCCUGCCGCUUAAUGGGACGAGGCUUUCCCUGAACAUCCUGACAAUGGUCACCAUUCUUGGGAUUGUACUUCCAACAAUGAUUGUUUCCUACACCGUCAUAGCGGUUUUACUCUGGAAAAGGGAUCGCAAGCUUACGCGAAGACGGCGACGUGGACUUAAAUCAACAGUGCGAGCUCGACCGGCAAGACCGAUUCCCUCAAGUCCUGUUGGUCUACGAAAGGUGAAGUUUGAUAUCACAUUUGCAGAUACACAAUCGGUUGAUUUCGAGCAAAACACACCACAAUGUCCUGGACAGCAGGUUUAUAGCCCAGUGGCUACCACAGGACACAUAUCGCAUGAAACUGAAAGAUCAGUAGUACAACCAAUGGGUGAAGUAGAGGAUUGUGAAGUUUCACUCGCUUGGAAAGACAAGGAAGUAGUGAAACGCAGAAGGAAAGGUGUAGUACUCGAUGAUGGAUCAACUCUUACACGUGAGGGCGCUUCACGAGGAAGGUACGGCCUCGGGUCUCGGCUGAGUGCAUUGCUGAAUAUCAAGCGAGAAUCUAGCGCCAAAGAAGACGCAGUAAAUGAUGGUGAUGUCAACUGUGUCAUCAAAGGAUUUAAAUCUGCACAUGGAACUGGUUUCACUCCUGGUACCAGUCUAUAUACUGCGGCAACAGGAGAAGAUGAUAUUGGUACGACUUACAGAACUGUCAUUGAAACGCGAACAAGACGUUUGUCCAACCUCUUCGGCAGCCUCAAGGGUGUAGUCGGGCUUGGAAACCAUGGCCGGGAUUACAACGAUGAUGAUGAUGUCACUGAAAACUACAGCGAAGAUGAUGAUCAGACCUGUGAUUUCGAUUCUGAACCAUCUCAAACAAUUACCACUUACUCCAUGUCACCAUCUGGGGUAGAUUUCACCACCGGCAAGGAUGACGAAAGCGGGGAGGACGUCAAACGACCGAAGCGAGUCCGUCGGAGAACUCGAAAGACGAAGCUUGAAAAGUUGCGAAUAGUGAGGCAAAGGAGAGUCGCAUGGACAGGUGUGCUACUGGUCUGUUGUAGUAUCUUCUUCACUAUUCCACUUUUCAUCUGGUACUGGUAUUCAUCCGAUUCAACUUCGGAGCUGUUCGGGGUCCUGGCUGUCUGGUCGACGUACUGCAUGACCAUAGCGGAUCCUAUGGUAUACGCCUUUAUGAACAGACGUGUUAAGAAAGAACUGCGAAUGUAUAGGAAAACGAUGGCCAAUUGCUUAUCAUGCACAUGCAAAGGAGAAUAGACAAAUUAGAUCUGACAUUACAUUUUAGAGAGGUGAUUUA